GUGUAGCAAACUUGAAUGCAGUUUGUAGAAUAGGUACUGGUAAUCAAAUUGGUGGUUUGAACACUGCAGGAAAAUUUCGCAAUGCAUAUGCUACAGAAAUUGGCAGAAUUGGAGCAGGAGUCACAACUGACUGGUCUAUAGCUGGUAGUGAACCUACAAAUAAUAUGGUAGUAGCCUCGAAUAUGGCUAGUGGUUUUCCCGCUAUUACAAUUGCUUCUGGAAUCAAACUUGGCCAGCUUAUUUUCUUACUUAGAACUGCCUAUACAACUGUCGAAUAUUUAAAACAAAUAGCAGUUUUUGGUCAACUUAUGCAAGGAAAUAUGGACAUUGAAGAGUUCUCUGCUAAAAUCAAAAAGUUUAAUAAUAUGCAAGUUAAUAUUACAGAAGCCUUAGCCAAAGUAAAAAAAUUUACAUUAUCUCAAAAGAGUGUACCAUCAUCUUUUCUAAUUUUUCUGACAGCCAACCCUUAUGCAGAUACUAACAAAUUAGAAAUGACUAAAACUAAAAUUAUGGAUUUGAUAAAAACCACAAUGGUAUUCUCCGAGUCUCAAAUGGCUCAACAAAAUACUGAUUUGUGGUCUACUAUUAAAUCUUUCCAAGAGACUAUGUCUUGA